AUGUCUCUACUGUUCUGUGUCCAGGUCGGUCUGGCUUUCUCUGUGUCUGGACAGGAGAACACUUGUGAUGCAAACGGCAGCUUCUACUAUCCAAGUGAGUGCGAGCAGUGUACCUGUGACAGUGAUGGCAUCGCCCGCUGCCUAGUGGCAGACUGUGCCCCCCCCCCCCCGCCCUGCGUCAACCCUGUCAACACCAAUGGGAAGUGCUGCCCUGAAUGCCCAGAGGGGCCCUCCUGCUAUGUGGAUUUGACCCGCAGCCAGGUGAUCCCAGGGGGGGAUCCUGUAUGGGUGGACUCCUGCACAAAGUGUCACUGUCACGACUCAGGUGACGCUGGCUGCUGGAAGGGCAACCGCUGA